GAGGGGCGAGAACAAUGGUUGGGAGGAAACAGCGGAAGUUCCUCCUCCCGUGAUUCUCACUUCCGACUCCGGCUCCGGCUCCGGCUCCCGGGCUAGUGGUGACUGAGCGAGCGCAGCAGAGGGGCGGAGGAGUGUCGGCGGCGAUGGUGCUCCUGGAGAGUGAGCAGUUCCUGACGGAGCUGACCAGGCUCUUCCAGAAGUGCCGAUCCUCGGGGAGCGUGUUCAUCACCCUGAAGAAGUAUGAUGGUCGAACUAAACCCAUUCCACGGAAAGGGUCUGUGGAAGGCUUUGAGCCUUCAGACAAUAAGUGUUUGCUAAGAGCUACUGAUGGGAAAAAGAAGAUCAGCACUGUGGUGAGCUCUAAAGAAGUGAAUAAAUUCCAGAUGGCCUACUCUAACUUGUUGAGAGCCAAUAUGGAUGGGCUAAAGAAGAGAGACAAGAAGAGCAAAAACAAGAAGAGCAAAGCCACACAGUGAGGGGCACUUAGAUUCCUGUUUUAUUUCAUCAUCUAAAUAACUCUGAAGAUGCUUGGCUGGGGAUACUUACUUUAAGGUUGAAUGGUUUCAUGUGAGGGGGAGGGGGUGUUAUUUAAAUGGCAGAUCUUCAUUCGUCCUGUUUCAGUUAAUUGCAGAUUUAAUGUUUAUAGGGGAAGCUUUGAUUAAAAAAGAAAGACAGACCUACUCCAGUUAUGUAUGUAUAUAUAUUAUAUGUGGCAUUCUCCCAGCCUUGCUCCACCUCUACAUUUUGUAGUGUACCUGGCCUAGGUUUGUUGAAGUCACUUUAGCAAUCUGUGUGAAGAGAGCAAUGUGUUAUUAAAUCUAUUGAUAUACCUUU